GCGAAGGUGUCUUGGAGCUUCAGCAAAAUAUAAAAUAUAACUAUAAAAUAGAAGCAACAACCCUAUAGGCUACAGCAUUCACGACAAGACUCUCCAUGAAUGGAUUACAUUCAGAAAAAGAGGUGUAAUGCAUCUUAAUCUCGGGUGGCAUCUCCUCCGGUGAUAAGGAGUUUUCUAAAGGCAUGUUUGUUUAGGAGGUUUUGGCUUAUUUAUCCUCAAAGCACCGAGAGGAGGCACAGAUGAGAAGAGAAAAAAAGAAAACUCUACUGAGUUUGUGUGUGGUGGAACAUUGAUGGAAAUCCGUUAUAUCCAUUUAAUGAACUAGGGCGCUCAUGCGCUCUAUGGUCAAAGGGAAUGGUCUGUAUUGAUGUAUUCAGUUUAGUGAUGGUUACCGUUCUCUUCCUCACUUAGUAACUUGUUAACAAAAAAAAAUACAUUGGCGAUUUCUGCGGUACAACUGGGACGGAUAUCUUAUUUAAGCACACGCCACCUCUCCAAUCCAAAUGUCAAAGUGAGACACUAAUGCAGCACUUGCUAUUUUGCUGUAAGUGAAAAUAAUUUGCGUAAAUAACAGCUCGAGCUAUAGAACAUGGGUAUUUCUCCGGCGGCUCUGCUCUAUGUCAUAGCGACCAUCCACCUCGGUGUCUCUCAGCAUUUGUUGCGUCUGCGCCCUUCGCCCAGCGAGCAUCUCCCAGUGCCCGGUCUUAAAGAGGACCCUGACCCAAAAUACGACCCGAGGAAACAGGACCUGGCCGAACGGACACUGAAGAGGAAACUCGGGAGAAACUUUGACCCCGUCUUCAUGUCAAUCAACAGCCCCCCUGUUGUGGAGAACCGGACUGCCCUUGAAGCACAGUCCAGACUGAUGGGACCUAUUCCCAACCAGCUGAAACAGCUGGACCUGGUGACAGUGGGCAAGAAAGCCCGUCGGAAGUUUACACAGUGGUUGUGGGCAUACACGCACUGCCCCGUGGGCUAUGUAUGGAAGGACUUGGGCGUGAGGUUCUGGCCGCGUUACGUCAAGGAGGGACAGUGUCUGAAUGAGCGCUCUUGUUCGUUCCCGGCGGGGAUGUUUUGCAUGCCGGACAAGUCAGUCACCAAGACAUUCCUCCGCUGGUACUGCCAGGGCUUUCUCCAAAAGAAAUACUGCAUGUGGAUACAGGUUCAAUACCCCAUCAUAUCCGAAUGCAAGUGUUCCUGUGUAGAAUAGGCCUAUUUAACUCGGGGUAAAACUAUUUCCAUUCAAAUUUAAUUAAACCUUCAUCAUACAACAUCGGAUUUUGUUACUUAAAAAGCUAUUAAAUUCACAUAUAAACGUGUAAACAUUUAUCUACAAUAGUGUACAUCAAGCGUGAUAGGGCUAUUUCAAUUGGAAUUGGAAAAUGGAACAUGUACAUGAACACGUGACCGUCUUCACAAAGUUGUCUUGACAAAGUUUGGGAGUUUUUUUGUUUUUUUUAUGUCUGGCACGGGAUGGAGAGUGUAUCACGGUAUAGACUACUGUUAACAGUUUUUAUUUAUUUUAUU